CUUCCUUUCGCCCUUAUUUCCUCAGCUUCACAGAUUCUUCCUUUUUUAUACGGUUCAAAAGGCACCAUAAACUCAGUACCAGUUCUGCAUUCCCUUUUCAAUAUUUUUCCAAGUCUUGGCUUGUUUUGUUCGUCUUGGAGAACUAAUGGUUUUGCCUUUUUCCAUGAGAUCCGUUUGCAAAAGCUUUAUUAGCGUCGACCCAGUUUGUCAGUUUUGUAGUUAAAAAGCAAAGAAGCACAGCUUGCCAGUUUUUGGCAUCAGUUCUCAAAACCCAACUCUUAUUUUUGGCUAAACUUCCACGCCUUUUAAGCUUGUUGUAGUAGCAUAUCUUUGGCAUAAGAUUGUUCUGUUCCGAUCUGAUCUGAUCUCACGCUUUGGAUCUGAUAUUAGCUAGCUGUAGCGAAUUUAAAGUCAAACCGGCGUACUUUUGUUUUAUGGGCUGUAUGAUCUGAACGAAGGUUUGUCCAUAUCCUUCAACUGAUCUUUCCGAGGUUUAGAAAAGAAGAACAUGGGAGAUUGGGAGCAGAAGAAUCUUAAAAACGAGCUAACACAAGGGAGGGAGCUAGCGAGACAGCUCCAAAGCCAUCUCAAUGCACCAUCUUCGUCGCAGGAGAGUCGAGAAAUCUUAGUCCAAAAGAUCUUGGCUUCAUAUGAAACGGCACUCUCCAUGCUCCGAUGGAGCAGCUCAGAUCAGCCACAGCCGUUAAGGGGUGCAAUUCGAACGUCGGAAUCCCCACCUUCUGAUCUAGUUGGCAGUCCGCGGAGCGAAGAUUCAGAUCGGGACCUUAAGAACCCGGAGCACAGAGAUAUUUCCUCUAGAAAGAGAAAGGCUUUGCCAACGUGGACACAACAAGUUAGAGUUAGCCCAGGGAUGGAACUUGAUCAAGGGCGUCUUGAUGAUGGCUUUAGUUGGAGGAAAUAUGGGCAGAAAGAAAUUCUUAAUGCCAGAUACCCAAGAGGCUAUUACAGGUGCACUAAUCGAAGUGUCCAAGGUUGCUUGGCAACAAAGCAAGUUCAACGUUCUGGUGAAGACCCGACGAUGUUUGCAAUCACUUAUCGAGGAAGGCAUACGUGUGCCCAAGCCUCCAACAUAAUACUACCAUCCCCACCAUCACUUGAAAAUCAAGAACCCAAUAACCACAGCAUGCUGGAUCUUCAGCCUCAUGACCGCCAACCACAGCAAUUAAUUCAGCAACUACAUCAUGGGUCACAAGAAAUGCUCUUGAAUUUACAGGCAAGCCUUAAAGUUGAAACCGAGAACUUAGACACCCACGACGGCCGAUCAUUUCCCAGCUUGUUUGACUUCCCUUCUACAUCGAAUAUUGAGGCUGAAACACAAAAGUACUUUCCGGACUCUGUACUGAUAGAUAACAACUUUGUGGGAAGCUAUUCUCCAUCGUUCAGGUCUCCUGCAAUUUCUGAAACAAAUUAUUUCUCGGUCAUGUCCCCGAGUGGGAUGAGUAUGAAUAGCUUUGGACUAGUCCGGCACCAGCAUUUUCAAGGCUGUGAUCAGUCUGAGCUUACUCAGGAACAGAUAUCAUCAGUUGCAACCUCAGCUACAAAUUCUCCUACUGUUGGUUUGGAUUUUCCAUUUGGCACUCCUGAAUUCGAUGCCGACUUCACAUUUGACAACCCUGGAUUCUUUUCGUAGUUUAAUUUAUACUUCGCUGAGAGAAAUUAUAAAGUACCGAACAUAGCAUUAGAUGUGAGCAGGCCGUAAAGUACUUUAGACGAGUGCAUGCAGUUGAUGAUCAUCAUGGUGAUCCUAGCUACCUAGCUAGCUAGUUGAUGUGAGAGAAACCAAUUAAUUAUCUGAUUACACGUAUAUACUACGUGGUAUUCUUGAAGAAGACUACUGGAAA